CGUUUUGAAUCUCGAAUUAGUCCUGGCAUGUCAAUUCCAAUGACGACUGUAGGAAAUGGUAACAUGACACCUGUUUUGGUUAAUUCACGCCCUGAUGACAUACGGAAGCGUAUUAUUGGAGCUGACACUCAGCAACCACAGGAUUUUUCAAAAUGCGGAAGUGUUUUAAUUGGACUGUCGUGGGCUCUCGUUAUUCUUACGAUGCCAUUUUCACUUUUUAUUUGUUUCAAGGUCGUACAAGAAUAUGAACGAGCGGUUAUAUUUAGACUAGGAAGAUUAUUAUCUGGUGGCGCUAAAGGCCCUGGUAUUUUUUUUAUACUUCCCUGUAUCGAUUGUUAUGCACGGGUUGAUUUGCGUACUCGUACAUAUGACAUCCCGCCACAAGAAGUGCUAACAAAAGACAGCGUGACAGUGUCAGUUGAUGCCGUAGUUUACUACCGAGUUAAUAAUGCAACAAUAUCGAUUGCAAAUGUUGAAAAUGCUCAUCACAGUACACGUUUGCUUGCACAAACAACAUUGCGUAAUACUAUGGGCACGAGGCCGUUGCACGAAAUAUUGAGUGAACGCGAAACAAUUUCCACAAACAUGCAGGCUUCGCUGGAUGAAGCUACAGACACCUGGGGAAUCAAAGUCGAACGGGUUGAAAUCAAAGACGUCCGUCUGCCAGUUCAAUUGCAACGUGCGAUGGCUGCAGAAGCUGAAGCCGCACGUGAAGCACGUGCAAAGGUUAUUGCUGCAGAGGGCGAACAGAAGGCGAGCAGAGCAUUGAGAGAAGCAUCUGAAGUUAUCGGUGACUCUCCCGCAGCAUUGCAACUUCGUUACCUUCAGACAUUGAACACAAUAUCAGCCGAGAAAAACUCCACCAUCGUCUUUCCACUUCCCAUCGACAUGCUGACAUAUUUCAUGAAGAACGCAGCUAAUAAUAAUUAA